AUGUCUUCUGCACAAGAAAGGGAUUCAUGGCCUUAUGCACAAGGAUUUCAAAAUUGUUCCGAGACUUGUGAUCCAGUUACGCUUAAAGUCCAUGGGAAAAUACCUAAAUGGUUAGAAGGUGUCCUUUAUCGUACUGGCCCUGGAACUUAUAAAAUUUCAUCAAAGAAAAAUCCGGAAAUUGUAUUUUCUUUUGAUCAUUGGUUUGAUGGACUUGGCCAAGUUCAUCGUUUCGAAAUCAGAAACGGUGUGGUUACUUACAGAAGCAGAAACGUAGCUUCUUCAGAUGAAAAAUAUAUAGAAGAAAAUGGUAGAUUGCGAUUAACUCAAAUUACAUUUGGUCAAGAUAUUUGCGAAAAUAUAUUUCAAAAGUUCUUUACAGUCUUCCAAGCAUCUAUUUCAUCUAACAACCUGGAAGAUGAUCCAAACAGUAGAAACGUUUCUGUAACUCUUACCAACGCUCUUCCUUAUCCUGAAGGAAAUUCUACAACACUUGUUUUAGGAACAGAUGCAAAUGUUUUAAAGUCAAUCGAUCCGAUUACACUUAAACCAAUACAAAAUUUUUCGUUUAAAAAAUUUCAUCCAGCUUUAUCUGGAUCCAUGGCACCAGCUCAUUAUCAACAUGAUGCUGAAACUGGAGAAUAUUUUUCUUUUGUUUCUAAUUCAGGUGCUAUACCUGAGUAUAAUGUAUUUUCUAUCAAAACUGAUGAAGAAACUGGAAAACCUAUUACGACUAUACUUGCAACCAUUCCAUCAAAAUUAGCGCAAUGUGAUUUUGCAAUGAACGGUGCGAAAAUAUUAUGGGAGCGUAAUAUAAUUCGAUCAUUUGUCCCAUGGGAUCCCAAUCAAAAGACUCACUUCUACGUAAUUGAUCGUAACCUUAAAAAACAUGUGGCCACCUAUACCUUUCCAACGUUCUAUUGUUUCCAUACUAUAAACGCAUAUGAUGAAGGAGAUGAUAUCAUCAUUGAUUUAUCUCAAUACAAAGAUAAUAGUGUCAUCUUUCAACUUACAGUUGAUCGACUUUCAGGAUCUGAAACUAAUGCUGAUAAAUUACCUUUGCAAUUUGAUCAUGGUAGAGUACAUAGGUAUAAGUUGUGUAAUGUUUCAAAAAAUCUAGAUAGCACAGAUUUGAAAUAUGGCAGCGAUAAAUUUCCAAAUGCCGAACUUGUAUUUGCGACUUCCGAAGAUUUGAAUGUUGAACUUCCAGUGGUUGAUUUUUCAAGAUAUUAUAUGAAAAAGUAUCGAUAUGUCUAUGGUAUCUCACACUCAGGUUCUAAUCCUCACAUUGUUUUUGAUCGUCUCAUAAAAAUUGAUCUCCAUAGAACAGAAAAUGGUUCAUUUAAUCAUAAAAUUUGGCAACAAUUUGGAUGCACACCUAGUGAACCAAUUUUUGUCCCUGCACCGAGUGCUGUUGAAGAGGAUGAUGGUGUAAUAACAAGUGUAGUACUUGAUGGUAUAAAGAAUACUAGUUUUUUAUUAAUUUUAGAUGCUAAAUCUUUUAAAGAAAUUGCUAGAGCUGAAAUGGAACAUGGAAAAGUUGUUCCUUAUGGAUUUCAUGGAUUAUGGAACAAAUCAUGA